AUGAACGGAAUGGCAGGCCACUACGCAAUGACAGACGAGGGCUCUGAACAGUUUGUGACAAAGACAAAUACCACAGACACAGUCAAGGGCCGGGUCCAUGAGUCUGCCAGUCAAGCACGCGAGAAGCUCGCCGAACAGUUCCAACCAGGAGAUACGAAGACCACGACUCGUCGGAUGUCGGAUACGCCCGGUAAUGUGUGGGAAUUCGGUCAGGAUGGUACAAGGGAAGAGCCGGAUUAUGGGCUCCGGAGGGAUAAAUCUUUGGUGCAGUCUGCGCAGGAGACGGUGGCUAAGGCGCUUGGGGGUGGAUCUCGUGCCAUGGGUUCCAGCUCAAAAAGGAAGAAGGAGAAACAAAAGGAUUUCCAGAAACCCAAACUCAGGGUUGGAAAAGCCAAAGCAAAGCCCGACAACUACACUGACACCAGUUUCAAAUCGAAGUCAAUUGUCCUCACACAACAAUCCCUCCACCUCUCCGCCCCAACAGCAAAUGCCACAUUCACACACAACCUAUCACUCCUCUCCGCCAAAUCCGACAGCCAACGGCGCGACUCACUCGCCUAUCUCACAACGACAAUAGCCUCCCGUCCCGUAAACUCGCCUCUUCCGCAGCCAGUCAGCGUGAUUCUCCCUUCCCUCCUCCCCCUCAUCCUCGAUGGAGCCACCAGCGUCCGAACCCAACUCCUCAAGCUCUUACGGACCCUGCCACCCGGCGACGUGCAGGACCACGUCUCCCAGCUCCUCCCCUACGUCCGCGCAGGCAUGACCCAUCUCGCAGCAGACAUCCGCGUCUCCGCCGUCGAGAUCCUAUCAUGGAUGGUCGAGGCAGCAGGUGAAGCAACAGUCUCCUGCGCAGGAGGCUGGAUCAAAACACUCAACUGCUUCCUGUCCGUACUGGGCUGGCACACGGAAGAAUCAUCCAAGUGGUCCGCAACCCGCGCCUCAUUCGGCAAGUCCGGCAGCCAGGGCAAGCCCAUGGUCAAAACGCUCGCAGCCUUAGCCCUGUUCUUGGAUGCGGGGAUCGGAAAGCCGGCCACGGGUGGUGUCGAUAGCGAGAUGUCUGAUGGCGAGGAGAGUCCUGAUUGGUCUUUCCCGCUUUGUCAGACUGCGCAGCAUAUGAUUGCAGACUCGUCUACUCCAUUUGCGUAUCUGAAUCUGUUUGGAAAGCCGCGCGACGAGGAAGGGGAAAUGUACGAAACGAGGGAGGAUCGGUACCGUGUUUUCACUGAUCGCUUUCACCCGGCUGUGGAGCGGGGACUCAAGAGCGCUAGGGAGGAAGGCGGGGAGCUGGGUCGUGCUUCGUCCGGUGUGACGAAGGUGUUGAAGGAUGCCAUUGCUUAUGGACCAGGCCCAUGA